GACGAUCCCACACCUUUCUUUGAGCCUCUGCUGCGCUCUUUCCUGCUGGGACUCAGCGCGGGCGCUCUCUUUGAGUCGGCGCACGUAGCACUGAAGGUGCGAGCUGGAGAUGGUGACGUGGGCGUUCACCAGGUGUCAGACGUGCUGCCUUCCGUCACCGAGCGUUUCGCACCGUUGUUCCUUGGAGAUCACGUCGUCGCACUGGGCAGUUGGCUGCUGUUCUACAUCAUCGAGGCAGUGGCGGUGUACAGCGUCUUGAACAAGUAUCCCAACGAUGCUGAGGCCGCGGCGCGUGCUGUGGGGAAGCUCGUAACGCUGCCCAAGAAGAUGCUACCCAUGCGCCUGCAGCUCGUCAAGCAGUUGCUGCUGAAGGGCCCCAACAGCUUGCGGCCAGCAGCUGCCACUGCUCCCGUGAAUGCCAUGUGGGAGUUCUCGAAGGUAGUCCCUGAGGUGCACGUGACUGCGCAAGCGCUGCUGCCGAGCACGAGUGUGAUCGCUUUCACUUUGGGCAACGGCCUGUCCUUCACCACCUUUGUCAACACGGUGCCCAUCAACGAGAAUCGCACCAUCAACCGCUUCGCCCUCAUCCGGAAACUCUCCCUCGACAAGCUGGGCAUCUUCAACAUGGACGCCUGGGACAGAUUUGCGCGCCAGGCCAUGAUCAGGAUCCUGUCAGAGGACAAGGCCAUGGUGGAGCAGCUGCGACCAGACAUGCUGGCACGCGAGAUCAGCGUCAAAGCAGAUCUGCCCCAGAUCGCAUUCCGCAAGCUGCGCCAGGAGUACAUCGACAUGGGCUACGGCAGUCUUCCGGAGGCCACCAACGAGAGCCGCUUCCGCUCCGACCAAUAA